AUGUUAAAGCUAACAAAUAGUCGUUUUUUUUCUUUGGCAUUUCGUUUAGCAUGCCGAUUUAAUUCAACAACAACAUCUAGUAGUGGAUUUCCUGGUGAAAAUUCUGAUUUACGUGGUGAUGGAGCUAUUCGUCGAACUGAACUAUAUGGUUCGACUAUUGAACAAACUUAUAGUGGUGUUUUAUCAUUUCUUCGUCGAAAUUAUACACGUAAUUUAAAAGGUGUUGAUGUAGCUGUCACUGGUAUUCCACUUGAUUUAGCAACAACCUAUCGACCAGGUACACGAUUUGGUCCAAAAGGUAUUCGUGAAGCAUCAGUUCAACUUGCUGAACUUAAAACAUAUCCUGGUGGACUUGAUCUUUUUGAAGAUCUAGCUGUUAUUGAUUAUGGAGAUUGUUGGUUUGAUCCUGGUCAACCAAAAACUGUUCCAAUUGCAAUUGAAAAUCAUGCAAAAAAAAUUAUUGAUCAAAAUGUUUUUCUUCUUUCAUUAGGUGGUGAUCAUUAUAUGUCAUAUCCAUUAUUAAAAGCUCAUGUUGCUCGAUAUGGAAAACCAUUAUCUCUUAUUCAAUUUGAUGCUCAUUGUGAUACAUGGCCAGAUACAUAUCCAGAUAGUUUAAAUCAUGGUACUAUGUUUUAUCAUGCUGUUAAAGAAGGUCUUAUUGAUCCUAAAACAUCUAUACAAGUUGGUAUACGAACAUAUAAUGAUGAUUUUAUGGGUGUUAAAGUUCUUGAUGCAGAUUGGGUUCAUCGACAUACAACUGAAGAACUUGUUGAAGAAAUUCGUAAUCGAGUUGGAGAUACUCGAACUUAUUUAACAUUCGAUAUUGAUUGUCUUGAUCCAGCAUUUGCACCUGGUACAGGUACUCCUGUAUGUGGUGGUUUAAGUACAGCACAAGCUAUUGCUAUUAUACGUCAACUUGGUUCAAUAAAUUAUGUUGGAAUGGAUAUUGUUGAAGUUUCUCCACAAUAUGAUCAUGCUAAUAUUACAGCUUUGGCUGCAGCCACUCUAGGACAUGAAUUUUUAAUUUUAUUGAGAAAUAAAAAAAUGGUUGACAAAUCAUUUUUAUUUGGUAAUCGUUAA